UGACAUGACUCUCUCCGGCGAGCUCCUGGAGCGCAGGAUAAUCUCUUCACCAUUUUCGGUGCUCAGGCUAUCGAUUGCGCCGUUGUUUGGGUGGCUUGACUUGCAUCGUCUCCGUCCUUAAUACAAAACAAUCUCGGCGGUUGAGUCAUAAGGCAAGACCGGGCCCGGGUUACUGGAAGUGGCUGCCUCUGGGUGUCAGCUUCCCGCUGCUUUGUGCAUGCUUAAAAGACCUGUACUCGACCUCGGGUGUUGUUCUCGCCGCAAAACAUCGCGGGGACAGCUUCACUUCUUGCUUUCAUAUCUGAUCCAUCAAGCAGCCCAUUGCAACUGGGCAGCAUCUGCUUCUGCAUCCCCCUUGGAAGCUUCUGGUCGACGUAUCCACCACACCAGCACCCGCUGCACUCCUCACAGAACUGUCACUGCCCACAACCGCCCACUUUCCACUAACGCACCACUGCACAUCAGCACCAUGGCAAACGACGCCGAGGCGCUCAGUCAGCCGCUUACGUCGAGGUAUAAGGCCUCGAUCGAUUACGCCAAAGAUGCCGAGGGCAUGAAAGUGCCCUAUGCCAGCCAGGAUGCGCACGAAAUCGCCACCAUGAUUCGCGGCCUCGAAGAGUGCAGCAAGAAGGGGAAGAACCGCGGCGCAAGAAAGACUAGGUAUGCCGUUUCUUCGUCUCCGACCGGAAUCACGGUCGACUCUUGGCGAUUUCAGGAAUCGGACUACAAGCGGCGUGACCUGCCAACAUAUGCGCGCGGCUUGUUCACUACUCAGACGAAGCAACACGUCCCCGAGAUUGCCAUUCGCGGCUACGACAAGUUCUUCAACAUUGACGAGGUCCGAGAAACCUCCUGGGAGCAUAUCAAGGAGCGCACCAAAGGCCCUUACGAACUCAGCCUAAAGGAGAACGGCUGCAUCAUCUUCAUUAGCGGUCUUGAAGACGACACACUGCUCGUCUGCAGCAAACACUCGACCGGUGACAGGUCUGAUGUCGUUGCCAGUCACGCAAGGGUGGGUGAGCAGCAUCUCGAACGCCAGCUAGAGAAGAUUGGCAAGACCAAGCAGGACCUGGCGCGGGAGUUGAGGAAACGGAAUGCCACCGCCGUUGCCGAGCUGUGCGACGACAGCUUCGAGGAGCACAUCCUAGCCUACGGUCCAGACAAGGCCGGUCUGUAUCUGCACGGCAUCAACAUCAAUAUCCCCGAGUUUAUGACAUAUCCAUCUCCACUGGUCCAGAAAUUCGCCGAAGACUGGGGCUUCAUCAAGACCGGCCUGAUUGUGAUCGACGACAUCAACGAAGUGAAGGCCUUCUUGGAGGAGGUCGCCGAGACGGGAGCCCACGAUGGCCGUGACGUUGAAGGUUUCGUCAUCAGGUGCAAGAGAUCCAGCAAACCGGGCGAGGUUCCCGAUCAGGACUGGUUCUUCAAGUACAAGUUCGAGGAACCGUACUUGAUGUACCGGCAGUGGCGUGAAGCGACAAAGGCUCUCAUCUCUGGAAAGCAAUUCAAGCUCAAGAAGCACGUCAAGAUCACCGAGGAGUACCUUCUGUACGCUCGUCAACGCCUGGCUGCUGAUCCGCACUUGAGGAAGGCUUACUGCCAGAAUCAUGGAAUCAUCAAGCUGCGCAACGACUUCCUCGAGUACAAAAACCUUAAGGGGUCUGAUGCCGCCAACCUCGAAGACGACAGCGGUGCCUCAAACGUGACUCGCGAUGUCAUCCUUGUUCCAAUUGCGACGAUCGGCUGCGGCAAGACAACCAUCGGCCUCGCACUCACCAGCCUAUUUGGCUGGGGCCAUAUUCAGAACGACAACAUCACUGGGUCCAAACGGCCUCCGCGAUUCGUGAAGGCGGUCCUGGACCAGCUUGAGGAGCAUCCCGCAGUUUUUGCCGACCGGAACAAUGCCAUGAGACAUGAACGAAAGCAGAUGAUCACGGAUGUCAAGAUGCAUCAUCUGGCGGCGAAACUGGUUGCCCUCAACUUUGUGCACGACGACAUUGAUGCCGUCCGUCAAGUCACCCGAGAGCGGGUGUUCGCCCGCGGUGACAACCAUCAGACUAUCCAGGCCGCCACAGACAUGAACAAGGUCGUCGGUAUCAUGGAGGGUUUCAUUCAUCGGUUUGAGCCGUGUGAUCCCGAGCGUGAGCCCGACUCCGACUUUGAUGCCAUCAUCGAUCUGGAUCCCACUGCCGGAUCCAGGGAGAACCUCGAAAUCGUGAUCAGGGAACUGCAUCGCCAGUUCCCGAACUUUGUCAAGGAAGUUCCUUCUGCCGAAGACAUGGACCGGGCCGUCCAAAACGCCAUCGACAGCUACAAGCCUGACCUGCGUCACAAUAUUCCCGACCGCUCCAAGAACGAUUCCAAGAAGAAAAAUAAAGAGCAGCAGCAGCAGGAACAGCAGCAGGCUAACGAGAAGCCCAAAAAGAAGAAACCACUCGAAUACAUGUCCGUUGAUGUCCCCACCGCGGAUGUUCUCACGGCUCUCGAAAAGACCUUCUCCCAGGACCUUCCGGCGUCGAAAACCCGCUUCUUCAAACAACUUCAAGGCACUCGCCGCGUGCAGGCCAAGUUCCACGUCACACUGAUGCAUCGUGCUACAGCCAAGGAGCACCCGGAACUCUGGCAGCGCUACACGACCCUCCAGGACACGGACGGUGCGAUCCACCCGGACGGGCGGCUGGGCGAGCUGGACGUGCAGCUCGAGCGCGUGGUCUUUGACGACCGCAUCAUGGCCAUCGUCGUACGCCUGGUGCCUACGAACCCGGAGGACGAGAACAUAAACGCCGACAAUCCGGCGCUGCCAGCAAAGCCUAAGUGGGAGUGCGUCAACCGUGUGGCGCACAUCACCGUCGGCACCAGAGAUGAUUCGGUCAAACCUAAGGAGAGCAAUGACCUGCUGGCAAGGUGGCUGAAAGUUGGCAGCGGAGAGGAGACCGGGAUUGGGGAGCUGUUGAUCGAAGGGAAGCCGCUCAUCAGGGGCGUCGUGAGGGGUGUCUUGGCGAGAUAGGACAAGCGAGGGCAUUUACUGCGCGGCGGGAGGCGUAAGAGGGGUGGAAAACGUCGUGUUGGAAGAAAGGAAAAGGUGAAAAAGCAGAAAUGAGGGAUGGGAACUGGUGAAAGGUGUGGCCCCCUCACCUUCUUGAAUCUGGACUGUAUAUCUCUACUCCCCUAACUGGAGACCAGCAGCUGUAUCCUGAAGCUUAGCCCCACCCAGAUGU